AGCGGAGGAUGGAGGCGGUGGUGUUCCUCUUCUCGGUCCUCGACUGUUGCGCGCUCUUCUUCCUCUCUGUCUACUUCAUCAUUACAUUGUCUGAUUUAGAAUGUGAUUACAUUAACGCUAGAUCAUGUUGCUCAAAAUUAAACAAGUGGGUCAUACCAGAGUUGAUUGGCCACACCAUUGUCACUGUGUUAAUGCUUGUUUCAUUGCACUGGUUCAUCUUCCUACUCAACUUACCUGUUGCCACCUGGAAUAUAUAUAGGUUCAUCAUGGUGCCAAGUGGUAACGUGGGAGUGUUUGAUCCAACAGAAAUACACAAUCGGGGCCAGUUAAAGUCACACAUGAAAGAAGCCAUGAUCAAGCUUGGUUUCUACCUGCUCUGUUUCUUCAUGUAUCUCUAUAGUAUGAUUCUAGCUUUGAUAAAUGACUGAAGCUGGAGAAGCCGGGGUUGAAGCCAGCUACACUACACUGCACAAUU